CUACCCCAUCACUAAUACCGUUGCGCGUCGCAUCUCGGUCUUCCAUGUGAGCCCCGGAUUGUCAUAGGCGUCACCAAUAAUGCGCCUUACAUCAUUUGGCUAGGAUUUACAUUGGGUCGGAGAAAUCCAGGACACGUACCACAAUGUCGUCUAACAAGCGGCAUUCUAUGCUGCCCGCCGUCUCCAACCAAGGCCCGCGACCGCCCGUCAGCUUCUCGUCUUCUCUCACCGUUGCCGAUAGCGCCAUUCUCGUCGGAACACACUCUAUUACGAUCCAGUCAGAAAGCGUAUUGCACCCGCGAUCGAAGCUUGAAACCACGAAUGGCAGCAUCCUCAUCGGUCGGAGGUGCAUCAUUCACGAGCGGGCUCAUAUCGGGGUAGUUGGUAAUGACGACGCCAGCGGAGGCAUCUCGCUCGGAGACUACGUGACGGUAGAGGUUGGCGCCAUCAUUGAAGCUGGGGGAACAGAUAUCGGAACAGACACGGUGGUUGGGGUCCGAUCUCGAAUUGGAAAUGGUGCUAUCAUUGGCAAGAACUGUACGAUCUCACCUUUGACGGUCAUCAAACCUGGCGAAAAGGUUCCGGAUUUCACAGUGGUCUACUCGAAUGGACAAAGACGGACGGACAGGCGAGGAGUCGCAGACUUGAGGCAUAAGGCGCAGGCGCGGCAGAUUGAUGUGCUUAGGAGAUUGAUACCCAACAAGGCCGAGAAAUGGCUGAGUUAAGAAUGGAAUAGAAAUGAUACCCCGUGA